AUUUAUUUUUAAGUCAGGUUCUUUUUGACAAUAUUUUAGGCUGCAUUUACGGAAGGGGAAAAUUUACGCAAAAAUUUAACCUAUUUUUUUUUAUUUACAAUAUUUAGAUAUUUUUUUAUUUCGUCUCGUACAAUAAAAUGGCUAAAUUGUGGAAAGAAUCUGCGACACUGAUAUUACUUGCCCGAAAUGCUAAUAAUGCUUUUAUCCACAAUUACAAUUACAAAGUGCUCUUGUUCACUAGGACUGAUAAAACCGCUUUUAUGUCUGGUAGUGCAUGCUUUCCAGGUGGAGCAAUAGAUAAAAAUGACGAGAGUAAAAAAUGGAUCAACCACUUUAAUAAGUAUGGUAUAAGUGAAAAUCAACUACAACAGAAUUUUAAAAAUAAGGGAAACCGUCCUCCAAUCUUUAAAAAUAAUUUUAACGCAAUAGAUCGGGAAAUUUCGUUAAGAAUUAAUGCAAUUAGAGAGACAUUUGAGGAAGUAGGAGUGUUAUUAUGCAGGAAAAAAUCUGAAUUAGAUUUUUCGAAAUCAAACGGUUUUGGUAAUUUUCAUGAAAAUUUCGAUCGUAUAAAAUGGCAAGAAGUUGUUCACAAUGACGCUUCCAGGUUUUUGGAGUUAUGUGAAACACUUGAUGUUGUUCCAGAUGUGUGGAACUUAAGUGAAUGGUCGGAUUGGCUUACUCCAGCUUCAUUUAGUGCAAGACGUUUUGAAACAGCUUUCUUUAUUGUUAUGCUUAAUACCUUUCCGAAUGUUCACGGGGAACCGCACGAAGUAAAAAAUAUUUAUUGGGAUACACCUGAAAGAUAUUUUGAUAUGCAUAAAUCUGAAAAGUUGUGGAUUCCGCCACCACAGUUUUAUGAAUUGAAAAAGUUGUCAAAUUUUCAUUCAAUCGAUGAUAUAAUUAAUUUAGUUAAAAAACGUUCAAAUGAGGGUCUAACUUUAUUUUUACCAGUAAAUUAUGCAUGUAAAGACGGAAUGGUAGCUGUUAUGCCGGGUGAUGAUAUGUAUCCUGAUAAUCCAAAUGAUCAAACAUCAACUAUAACUGUUGAAAAAACAAUGGAAGAAUUUCGAAAAACAUCUAAAAAUUUGCAUCGUAGUGAAUAUGGAACUUUUUACGAUACAACUUUUCAUAUGAAUAUUGAGCCUCUUGAUGGUUAUGUGUUUCCUAAGCAUAAAAGACCAAAAUUAUAAAUGUUGAUUUAUAAAAUUUUUUAUAUGAAUAAAGCAAUGUUUUUAUUUUUAUACAUA